AUGCCGGACAGCACAGUUGACAGUGCCUGGUCCGGUCUCGAGGUCCGAGGCCAAGACUCCGACGUUCCAGACUCAUCGCAGACCCUGUGGCUGCCCGCGAGCCUUGCCAAUGAGCGCAGGAAGCAUCGCGGUGAGGUUUGGCAGGUUUCGGAAAAGGUCAUGGACCCGGCCGAGCGGGCGCGCGCGGUGGCGGAAGGCAAGCUCCUCCUCGGCUUUGCCGUCGAGCUGGCCCGCAUGCAGAUAGCAGGCGGGCGGUUCUUUGCCUUCGAGCACCCCAAAG